GUCCCUUUCCAGGAGAUUCGUUAAACCACCAGGUGUGAUCGGAGGUCCGCAUCUGCGCAUCUGAUCUGUUUGACCACCGUCUUUCUUUAAGAUGGCGAUAAAGGUGCUGAUCAACGGUGCUGCGGGGCGCAUGGGGCGGCGUCUGUGCUGCCUUGCCGCCGAGGACGAGCACAUGCAGCUCGUGGGCGGGCUGGAGAGGGUAGAGAGCCCGUCCAUCGGUGACUGAGGAAAUGGAUCCAGUGCACGCCUGCCUGAUGCGUUGUUUGUGUGUGUGUGUGUGUGUGCAGGCAAGUCGCUGAAAGAGUUGGAGCCCCUGCUGCAGUGUGGGGAUGACAUCCGGCUUCACUCGAACCUGAGCGACGUGUCGCCUCAGCCGGACGUCAUUGUCGACUUCUCGGCACCAGCCGGUGAGCUGAGCCACACACCUCUCCUGAAAGGCCCACAGACAGACAUGUGUGUGGUGUGUUCUGCAUGUCUGUCAGCGUCGAUGAAGUUGGCCGAGGAGGCUGCGUCAAAGGGCAUUGCCUUGGUGAUUGGCACCACGGGCCUGACGGAGGAGGAGGACAAAAAGCUGCACAGCCACAGCGCCAAAGUGCCGGUGUGUGAAGAGCAAAUGACCGACCGAGUGAAUGACCACGAGCGGAGCCCGCUUGUCUUGUCUCCUCCCUCCUUGCUGUCUGUCUGACAUGCUAUGCUGCACUGACUGCAGAUGAUCCACGCCAUGAACUACUCGUUGGGCGUGAAUUUGGUGUUUCGUCUGUCGGCCGACAUUGCCAAGGCCCUCGGGGACGACUUCAACAUCGAGAUCGUCGAAGGACACCACAACCGAAAGGUGGGUGAAGGCACCACACACAACACGACGCCAGUGGCACACGCAACGCACACACACACCUGUCUGUCUGUCUGUCUGCACGUGUGUGUGUGUUGUGGUGGGGUGGGGUGCGUCCAGGUGGAUUCCCCCUCUGGGACUGCCUUCGGGAUUGCCGACGCCGUGUGCGCCGCAACGGGGCGUACGCGGGCCGACCUCGUGCAUGGCCGAUCUGGACAGGUGAGGUGGUCUAGGACGGGCGGUGGUGGGGAGGCGGCACACACAUCUCAUUCACACACGCAGAGAGUGCGGCCAUGCCAUGAGGGUGUGUGUGGUGUGUGUGUGUGUGUUAAAUAAGGUGGGCAAGCGCACCCGCCGCGAGAUCGGCAUGCACGCUAUCCGUCUUGGCAGCAUAGUGGGCGACCACACCAUACACUUUGGGUCGGACUUUGAGCGAAUCGAACUCACACACAAGGCCCAGGCAAGCCAACACAGCACAGAUACAAUCACGUGACGGAUGUGUGUGUGUGAGCCAUCGGUUGGUGUCUUGUCUUCUCUGUGUGUGGCGUGCGUGUGUCAGGAUCGCGAUGUGUUUGCUGCGGGCGCGCUGCGGGCCGCCAAGUGGCUGGCCGGCAAGCCCCCGGCGCUCUAUGACAUGCAAGACGUGCUGUUUGGCGGCAAAUGAAGGAAAGGAAGGCUGUAUUUAAUCGCCCGUUCGCCAAAUGAAUGAAUGAACAGAACAGUCGAAACAGACACACAGACAGACAGACAGACAGGUUUAGUCUCCGUGUUUCGUCAAGUGGGCCGACUGCAUGGACGGACGAAUGGAUGCUCUUGACAGUUUUCGGUGCAUUGUGUUGCAUUGUGGUGCUCCACACUAAUGUGUUCGUACAACGGCCGAGCAGGGACGGCUGGAUGGAUGGAUGGAUCGGUGAGUGAAGGCACGCUGUUCGCCCGCCCGGCAGGUUGGCUCAAGCUGCCUGCCUGCC